UUCCCGGCGUGCAGCGCGGCCUCCUUCCUUUUCCUCCAUCUUGGCUGCCAGUGCGGUCCUACCUGCAUCUGGGCGCUAAUAACUCAACAUGUCUGGGAGAUUGUGGUGCAAAGCAAUUUUUGCUGGCUACAAGAGAGGCCUCAGAAACCAGAGGGAGCACACAGCCCUUUUGAAGAUUGAAGGUGUCUAUGCUAGAGAUGAAACAGACUUUUACUUGGGCAAGAGAUGUGCCUAUGUAUAUAAAGCAAAAAACAACACGGUGACUCCAGGUGGCAAGCCGAAUAAAACUCGUGUUAUUUGGGGGAAGGUGACCAGAGCUCAUGGUAACAGUGGCAUGGUCCGUGCCAAGUUCCGCUCCAAUCUACCCGCCAAAGCCAUGGGACACAGGAUCCGUGUGAUGAUGUACCCUUCAAGGAUUUAAACAUUCUGUACAAAUAAAAAGAGUUCUGGA